AGCCCUUUGGUUCCAGCACCUGCAGGAAUCGCGGGCCCUCCGACCGCACGUGCGGUCUCUCCUCCUCCCCCCCCCUUCCUCUCUCCCCUCCCCGCGGCGGGCGGCGGUCAUGGUCACUCAGGCACGGCCGAAAUGGGUCCCGACUCAAUUGGCGGCAGGUCGGCGAGCGCACCUGGCCACGAACACCUACCAGGGCAAGGUGAUCCUCAAGAUCACCAUCUUCCGCAAAAUGGCGGCCAUGAUGGAGAAUGGCUUCGCGGUCGCAUGGAUCUCUGCAGUGCUCCAGGUCUUGGAUUCGGCUGUGGCUGUGGACCACGGGCACAAGGCUUCCGACGGCUCGAGUUUCAUCACUGUUGUGCUCAAGCCUGUUCCUGGUCCUCAACUCGCGCCUGCAGACGAUGAUGACGAUGAUGAUGGUAGCCCUGGCGGUGGAGGCGGUGGACAUGAUGGUAACCUCCCUGGGGACCACUCCGGUGACGCUUGCGAUCGCGGCGAUCGACGACACCCUGCUGCUGGUGGGAGUGGAGGCUCGCGGCGUGGACCUGAUCCAUGGGCGUCUGGUGCUGGUGACCCUUGGUCUGGAGGCCCGUUGCCCAAAGUACCGCGACGACGUGUUGCAUCCCCUGUCCAUUCUGGAGCUCUGGGUGUUCAAGAUGUUCUGCCUGCUGUGCCGAGCUUCCCAUUCAACUCCGACGCGGAGGCUUUCAUUCCGAUUGCAAUGCAAACCCAUGGCGCUCCUUGCGAUAAUCUUCCUGUGGAGCUUCGGAGUGCGGACUUUCACAGUGCCUUGGAAGACCUGUGCAGUAAAGUGCAUGGUGAACUUCAUGGUGGACAUGCUCAGGAGGUUCUCCAAUUACUGCAGAGCUUCACGGACGAGCUGGCGAUUGACCUUCAUGAUGAUCGGCUUGGGCCGCGUACGGAACCUAUCUCUUGUCCUGGACCGAACGAGGAUGGAUCUGAGUAUUUGGCUGGUCUUUUUGGGCCUCUUCACGGUUCUGCCUUCCACUGCGUCCUUUCGGUAUUCUGUGGUGUUGCUAAUCGUCACCUUCAGGCUGGGCACAGAAAAAUGGAUCAUGAAGUUAUGGCGCAGGUGUGUCUUGAAGCUCAGGGCUUCCUCCCUCGACCUUGUUCCCGUACGGUGGUGCGCGAAAUCGUGUAGCUUGCUGAGCCCCCGCCAGAUCCUGAAGAUGACAGGCGCACGGAUGGCCGCUGGAGCUCUUAGUUGGGAGAUAUGGCACUGUUCUGGAGGGGGCGUAUAUCGGCCACACGGGGCAGAUUGCAGCAGUGGUCGAGGACACCUGCCUCCCAUUUUGAUGUUUCUUCCUGAUCUCUCCGCCUCGGGACUUCAGGCGGAUCGUGAUCACAUGGGCCCGCCUCGGGCCCAGAUCCCUCAGGCCGCCUCAAGACUCCUCCUCCUCCUCGCCUCCUUACCUCCUGAAGACGAGCGCCCUUUUUCCUCGGCCUGAUGGCGCCCGG